AUGUCUCGAAAAAGUGUAUCGGUUUGGUGUACAAAAUUUAAUUCAGGUCGAGAAAGUGUUGAAGAUGAGGCAAGAAGUGGUCGACCAAUAAGCACGUCCACCGCCGAAACCAUUGAUGCAGUCGAAAAACUGCUACGAUCGGAUAGACGACUCAAGAUUAGGGAAAUGGCCACAAAACUUGAUCUCCCAAAGACUACUGUGCAUGAAAUUGUUCAUGAGAAAUUAAAUUUUCGUAAGGUUUGUGCGCGCUGGGUACCGAAAAUGCUUACAGCAGACCACAAAACCAAACGUAUGCGGAUAUCCAUUGAGCAUUUGAAUCGUGCUCGUAAUGACGAAAGCUUUCUCGAUCACCUCAUUACAGAAGAUGAGACAUGGGUUCAUUAUUCUACCCCUUACAACAAACGAGACUCGAUGACUUGGAAACAUCCCGAAUUGCCAGUUCCAAAAAAAUUCAAAUAA